AUGAAAUCUUUUGCCAUAUCACUCUACCAUGUGAGUGGUAAGGCAUAUAGACUAGUUUCAAAAUUUUUUAACCUACCUUCAAAAAGCAGUCUUCUGAGAUGGGUAUCUGGGUUACCAAUAUCUCCAGGGAUAUCACAAAAAGCAUUGGAUGCUAUUGAAAGCAAGGUAAAAUGCAUGAGUGAUGCUGGCAAGCUAUGCACAAUUUCCAUGGAUGAAAUAUCCCUGAAAACAUCACUCAUGUAUGACUCCAGAAGAAAUGAGGUUGUUGGUGUCGAAGAUUUUGGAAAGGGCCAUCGAACCAAUCGCCUGGCAACAGCUGCUGUCGUAUUCAUGGCCCGUGGUAUAACAUCCAAUUGGAAACAGCCCCUUGGAUACUAUUUAGUCCACGAGUCUUGUCCAAGCAGCAUCCUAAAAACAAAAUUGUUUGAGAUAAUUGGCCAAAUUACAUCGAUUGGUCUCAAAGUACGUGCUAUCAUAUCUGACCUUGGUUCUAAUUUUCAGAAACUUCUAAGGGAAAUGAACAUCACACCAACAGCACCAUGGUUUAUGUACAAUGGCAGAAAGAUUUUCUAUUUGUUCGACCCCCCGCACCUAAUAAAGGCUGUCAGGAACAACUUGAUUAAUUACGACUUUCAUUAUGGCCACCAAAUCGCCCAAUGGAAUGACAUAUUAACAAUGUAUGAAAGGGACAAGUCGCUAGCAAUUCGAUGCUGCCCAAAACUGACAGACAAACAUAUACAUUUAACUGGAUUUACGAAAAUGAAAGUAUGCUACCCAAAUUCUUAGCCAUUCUGUCUCCGCUACUAUUUUCACCUAUGUUAGUCUUGGUGCCCUACCUUCAACUGGUGCAAGCACUGCUGAACUUGUUGCCAAUUUUGACAAAAUAUUUGACUGUCUGAACAGCUCAACAUUAAACAGUUCAAAACAACAUCGAAGACCAAUCUCUGACAAGUCUGUUCACCAUGAGUUUCUUUCAGACAUGUUAUCAUUAAUAAAAUCCAUAAAAGUCGUUGAUAGUGCCACACAGCAAGACCACACAAACAACUUAAAAUGUCCGAAUGGUUUGUGCCUGACCAUAACUGGAGUUUUAUCCCUAUGGAAAAUGCUUCAUGAAGAAGACUCCAUUGAUUUUCUUAUGACAAGGCGGCUCAAUCAAGACCCCCUUGAGAACUUCUUUGGCUCAAUCCGCCUAUAAUCCUACCCCACUCCAAUUCACCAGGGCUUUCAGAAAACUUUUCUAUGAUCACUGUCUAGUCCUUUCAAGUGGAAACUGCACAGAGGAUCUAGAUGUAAUUCUACUGGCUGGGUCUAACUUCCAGAAAGCGUCAAAGCCACCUGAACGGGAUGUCACAAAAGGACCAGCUGCAGCUCCUAUGGAAGUUGAUGUCACUGAUUACAAAUCCUGCCUAGAAGGUAACAUCAUUGGGAUGAAUGCAGUAACAUAUGUCACAGGCUAUCUGCUUAAGAAGUACUUUCUGAAGCAUUUCUGUGAUAUAUGUCAGAAUGCACUGACCAAGCAAGAUCUAAACAGCAGCACACAAUUGCUAUGCUUAUUCAAGACAUACGAAGAAACGAAAGAAAAACCUUUUGGUGGACUUAUUUCACCAUCAGAUACAUUUUUAGACCAUCUUCUGGGCUUGGAAGCAAAAUUUGUUAUAGAAUUUGAAAACAAUGUAAGUAAGUUAGAGAUUGGGAAGUACUUACUUUCAAAACUUCCAACGUUUUCAUUGUUAGGAUGUCCAAGUUUUCCAAGCUUGUAUUUGUUGAGACUCUUUGUUAGGGUGCGCAUUCACUAUGCAUUAAAAUUUGGUAACAAAGCACUGUACUCUGCAAAGAAAAAUAGAAAAUACCUGAAAGUAAGCCAUUUAUAGGUAUGUAAUAGUACCCUAUUUUUCCCACUUUAAAAGUGCUUGUAUGUAGAAACUCAACAACCCUUUUUUCCUCUGGAAAAACGUACGGUCGAGGUAGGGUUUGUUGUACAUGCCUAUUCCUACUGUGGCAUUCAAAGAUAUUUGUUGCAUCUUUUACAGGUAAAAAGGUGUCAUACUUCUAA